UCCCAUGCUUUUUCUUUUGUCUCUCACAAACAUGCUUUAUUCCCACUGAACUUCACCCCUAAAAAGAAGACGAUCCUCCUUGUGUUUGCAAACGACAUUGCUUCCCUUUCUUUGUGUCUCUCUCUCUAGCCCCCACAAGAACUACAAACUAAGGAAGAAGCCAAACACCCUCUUUUGCUCUUGUUUGUUCCCACAUACCACCCCGUUCCUAUUUUGGCAUGAACAUAUCUUAAACAGUGCUUGUGAGACAAUUGUUGUAGUGUAACUAUACCUGAAAAGAAUGGCAUCCCCUUCUGAACUAAGCCUUGAUUUCAAGCCACAUAGCUACUCCAUGCUACUGAAAUCAUUUGCUGAUCAAAAUGAUCAAACCUACAAGCUUGAAGAGUUCCUUUCUCGCCUAGAGGAAGAACGUCUCAAGAUUGAUGCCUUCAAGCGUGAGCUUCCUCUCUGCAUGCAACUUCUCACAAACGCCAUGGAGGCUUCAAGGCAGCAACUUGAGAGCUUCAGAGUAAAUAAUCAAGACAACAGACCAGUUCUGGAGGAAUUCAUACCUGUGAAGCAUUUAGCCUCUGAUCAAAGCUCUGAUCAGAAAGCAACAAACAUAUCUGAUAAUAAGGCAAAUUGGAUGACAUCUGCUCAACUAUGGAGCCAAGCAAGUGAAGCAAUUACCAAACAACAAUCCACAAUCAAAGAGAGUGAUGGUGAUAUGAUUGGAUUCAACAACACCAGCCCUAAUAAGCUAGUUCUGGACAACAAACAGAGGAAUGGUGGAGCCUUUCUACCAUUCUCGAAAGAGCGAAACUCGCUGCAAGCUCUACCUGAGCUAGCCCUUGCUUCUGCUGAGAAAGAAAUUGAGGAUAAGAAACAUGCAGAUGGAGAGAAAGGAGGGUCUUCAUGUCAGAAGAGGGAGAGUAAUAAUACAGGCAAUAAUGAUGGAGUUGUGAUUGAUCAAGCUAAAGAAAAUUCAGUAGCAUCCCAUGCUCAAAACACAAACAACAACAACAACACUCAAAAUCAAAAUCACAGGAAAGCAAGAAGGUGUUGGUCACCAGAUUUGCACCGCAGAUUUGUCAAUGCCCUUCAAAUGCUAGGUGGAUCCCAAGUGGCAACUCCAAAACAGAUAAGGGAGUUGAUGAAGGUUGAUGGUUUGACCAAUGAUGAAGUUAAAAGCCAUCUGCAGAAAUAUAGGCUUCACACAAGGAGACCCAGUCCAAGCCCACAAUCAGGUGCACCAGCAGCACAACUAGUGGUCCUCGGAGGAAUCUGGGUCCCACCAGAAUACGCUACGGCGGCGGGCCACACAGGCACCCCCACCCUCUACGGCGCACACCCUGCCUCUCACGGGCCACCACCACACUACUGCCCUCAGGAGUUCUAUACCACAGCGCCACCACAACCAUUGCUUCCGCCGCCUCCACGACACCAACACCACAAUUAUGUGUACAGGACCACUGCCCACGGCCAUAGGUCACCGGAAUCCGCAAGGGACCCGUCGGAGAGCAUAGAGGAUGGGAAGUCAGAGAGUAGCAGCUGGAAGGGUGAGAGUGAAGGGGACAGAAAAGGGCUGGCUGCAGAGAGUAAUGAGAGUGAGAUCACUCUCAAAUUCUAAGGCUCAUGCAGUUUUCAAAUUAGGGUCUUCCUUGCAUGUUCAACUAUUCAUCAUAACUAUGAACAAGAAGAAAAAAAAGUUUGGUAGAACAAAAAUAUUCUUAUUUAUCAGAUGACUUUUCUGUAGUAGAGACCUUACUGCAUAGGGUAAAAAGGCAUAAAAGUGAGCAAUAACAGUUUUGUUUUACUUUACUAUGCACUUCUUUGAUGCUUUUAGCAUUUUCUGGAUCUGGGUUAUAAAUUUGCCCUUAAAUGAUGUAGUUAUAUAACAAUGUUAAACAGCUUCUAUAUAUAUAAGUAAUUUUUCAA